UGUCGCCAGCUAGAGUUCGACCACACUUUUGAUGGAAGGCGCUUCAAAAAUCACGUUAUUCGUACUGUUGACGUCGCUGGGGAAAGAUCCUGCCGGACUUUGUGCUACAUGGAACCAAACUGCGUCAGUUACAACUUUAACAAAGUCACAAGGAAAUGUGAGCUGAAUAAUUCUACUUUAAAAGAAGGGAAAGAAAAGAUGGAGACAAAUCCAGAUUAUAUAUACUGUGAAGCUAGGGUAUGAGAGCUUUUAUCCCAGUAUACAGUGUACGGAUAGGGAAAAGUUACAAUCUCAAACUCAUUUUCAAAUAAUAUCUGGUUAAGGGAAAUAAGCUUACAGUCAGGGUACCCAUUAAGGGAGUAUUAAGCAAGCAAGGAUUUAUGCCUUUACAAAAUUAAUGAAAUUCAUACAUACACGUACAUUUUUUUUAAACAACGGUACACUUUUUUAUCAAAGCGAAAUACACAGUGUCAUCUUCUGACAGAGUCUGUAGAGAGUGAAAUUAACCCCUAAGAUUAGGGAGCUUUUCAAAGGUCAGAACAGGCCGGCCGCCCCGGUCAUAUUGAAAAUGAAAUAUUCGUUUCUCGAAAUUUUUACUAAAACUCAUCAUAGCCGUGCAAACCAUUUAGAAAUAAACUGAUCGGGCUGGAUAGUCCUGAUUAGUAGUGGAAUUCUCCUCAUGAGUGGACUGGUACAUUUAUUACACGUACAUACUGACUAAAAACAUCCUCUGUUCGCAUAUAGCUUGGCUAUAUAUUUGCGGCAGUCAGAGGAUAACAUUAUAAAGUAAUUCACUACGAAGGAAUUACUCAAGUAGAUUAAGGCCUGGGUCAUAACAGAGUUUUCAGAAUUUUUAAAGGGAGUAGUAUAACGUAAAGUAUUUUCAAGAUAUCCCAUGACUAGCAAUUUAAGGCCAAUCAUAACCAAGAAAUCUUCCAGUUUCAUCUUAAAAAUUGUUUAUAACUGCAUCAUGUGACUAGCCACGCCCUGUUUCACCAAGAAAUCUUUUGAGUUGAAAUUCCCAUCAGAAAGAGAGUAAACCGUUUUCCUUCAGAAGGUUCAAAAAGUGGCUACUAAUAGUCUUCAUGUAAAAACAAUCGGAAAGAGACGAGGUUAAUAAACGUCUUUCUCCCGUCGAUGUCGAAGUCAGAGAACACUAAUUGCACCCGCCAAUUGUAAUGCUUCGAACCAUUCCGAGCUGAUUUCGUAGACACUUUGUAAAGACAAUGUUCUUAUACAGAGAAACUGGAGCUACUUGUUUGGCAACUUGUGGGAAUCGAUGGUUACAAUUUUCGAACAAUUGAGGACGUGGUCGAUCACGUGACCAAAUAAUUGAAAUUUAUUUUUUCAAGUUUUCUUAAGUUUAGUUUACUUUACGAUAUAUCGUCCAACGUGAAUGUCUUUAACCAUAGUUUUUGGAAACUGUACAUUAAAAUUAUAAAUGACUUAGACCCAGGCCUUAAUCUACCUGAGUAAGAAAAGGAGCAUUAAGGAAUGCCUUUUUUCUUGUCUGUUACCAGAAUGCCUGUGGGAAUAAACCUUGCAAGAACAAAGCAACCUGUCAAAUUGGUUUUACCGGAAAAGGAUACCGGUGUUUGUGUACUGUUGGAUUUGAAGGGGAGCAUUGCAAG